AUGGCGCUGCCGUUCAUCGUGCAGUGGUUGCAGCUGCAGGCAGAAAGAGAAUUUCGCGAACACCGCGAUGCUUUCUCGAUGCCCGAGGAGACGUUCCGCCUGCGGUACCGCUUGACGAAGGACAUGGCGCGAUGGCUGUGCGAAGAGCUUCGCCAUGAUCUGGAGAGGCGGCGUACUGGUACGCGAACCGCCGCGACCGUCGAGCAGCAAGUGCUUUGUGCCCUUCGCUUCUUCGCUACGGGCAGCUACCAGGGCGCGAUCGCAAGCGACGAGGACUUGGCGACGAGCCAGUCAAGUGUGAGUCGCUCGAUUCACGCUGUCGUCGAAGCGAUUGUGGAGCGCCUCGGCGAUGAGUGGAUCGCCUUCCCUGCCAGCGCCCAGGAACUGGCCGCGGCGAAAGAAGGCUUUCUCAACAUGGACGCAAGGUUCGCAGGCUGCAUCGGGGCGGUCGACGGCACGUUCAUUUGUAUUCGGGCGCCGUACGACACGGACGACAACAACAAAGCGGCGUACUUUUGCCGCAAGGGCUAUUACGCCCUCAACGCCAUGGUGACAUUAAUAUGCAGAGAUGCGGCGACAGCCAUAAUAAAACGUAAGGCGAUCAAAGCUGCGCUUGGCAAUCACCAUGAGAGAAAUACGGGUGUUGAAUCGCAGAGUUACAGCUGUAUUGCAUGUAGCUGGUUGUAUUGCUGUUGCUGGCUUCCUUCCAACCCACACAAAACUCUGCAGGUGUGUGACGCAACCCUGCGCAUCACUGCCCUGGAGCCCACAUACCCAGGCUCGGUGCACGACGCUUUUGUGUGGAGGGCAUCCACCUUGAGCCGGGAGUUCAGCGCUGGCAGCCGUGGCCAGGGUGGCGAAUUCCUGCUUGGUGACAGUGCAUAUCCGCUGCAGCCUUGGCUGCUCAACCCCAUCCCCGGAGCACAUCAAGCGGGAUCCCCUGCGGCCCAGUUCAAUCGCGCCCACUCCUCACUGCGGUGUGUCGUGGAACGGUGCUUUGGAGUCCUCAAGGCCCGCUUUCGGUACCUGCAGAGGUACAGGGCACUGUACUAUGGCCCACUCUUCACGUCGAAGAUCAUUGCAGCUUGUGUGGUGCUUCACAACCUUUGUGUCCGGCAGCAGCUGCCAGAGCCAGACGACAUCCCUGGUACUGAGGAACGUGAAGAUCCAGACCUUUACGACGAUGGUGACGACGAUGGGGCAGCAGUUGGCAUGUACCAGGCCGGUGCGCAAAGGCGGGAUCACCUUCUGCGGUGUUUUACUGCUUCCCAGGACAGCACAUGAAGGGUGCUGCAUCCCUGUGAGAUGUGCACAGAAAUGAAACACAAGCAGUGUUUUUUUUUCUUCUCCUGGC